UUUUCAUAAAAAUUGAGACUGUGAGUCUGUAGAGGAAUCACAGUGAGAGACUUAAUGGACGUGCAUCAGAGAACCGCUCGGUUUCAGUUAGAGAGACUGAGCUCCGCAUCGGAGCCAACCCGAAUUGAAGCUCUCUGUGAGCUUCGCCUUAUGUCCAAAUACGACCCAGACAGCCGUUCCAUCAUUGCCGAAGCCGGAGCAGUUCCUCAUCUCACCGAAAUCCUCUACUCCUCUUCUCCACUCGCCCAAGAAAACGCCGUAGCAACACUCCUCAACGUCUCAAUCUCGAAUCGAAAGAUCAUUAUGUCGACACGUGGCCUCCUGGACGCCCUCUCCCACGUCCUUUGCCACCCAACCGCCACCCCUGUCAGCAUUCAAACUGCCGCUGCAACCCUCUACAGCCUCCUCAUCGAAGAAGAAAACCGCCCCAUCAUCGGAAGCAAACUAGACAUCGUUGAAUCCCUUAUUACCAUCACGCGUGACACAACUUCUCCUGCGACUAUCAAGGAGACUCUCAAAGCCCUCUUCGCCAUCUCACUCUACCCUCUAAACCGUUCAGCCAUGGUCGAAUUGGGUGCGGUUCCCACUCUUUUCUCGCUCAUAGUGAGGGAUGGGCAAAUUGGGCUUGUGGAGGAUGCGACGGCGGUGAUUGCACAGGUCGCCGGAUGCAGCGAGAGUGGGGACGCCUUCAGGAAGGUGUCUGGUUUGACGGUUUUGAUGGAUUUGUUGGACCCAUCGACGGCGUCGAGCGUUAGGGUAAGGGAGAAUACGGUUUCGGCGUUGUUGAAUUUGGUGCAGUGUGGAGGAGAGAAGAGUGUUUCAGAAGUUAAAGAGAUGUCUGUUGGGGCUUUGGAUGGGAUUAGGGAUGUUGCUGAGAGUGGGAGCGCCAAGGCUAAGAGCAAGGGGACUGCGCUUUUGAAGGUGCUUUCAGGAGAAGAUAGGGAUAAAGCUUCGAAGGAUCCGCGGUUUGAUUACAACUUGGAUCGUUAGCCUUAAUUAAGUUUCUUUCCUUCACAGGUCAUAUUGUACAGAAUUUUUUGUUAGCUGUUGGAGGAUUUGAUCAUUAAUGUCUUCCUCAAGUUUGACAAGAAUUGUCAAUUGUAUACUAAAUCCUUAAAUGGUGAAUGAUUCAGAUUUACACAUGUUACCUUUCAAACUUUUUCCUCAUUGCCUUCAUGAAACGACAAUGUGGACAUUUUAUACAGAAUUCAUUCUCUGUACCCCAUGUUUAGUGUA